AUGAGUGUAUCCAAGUCGUCCUGUCAGCCAUCCAGUAAGUCUACACUGUGGACCCUAUGUCAUCGAUGGCCUCUUCCACCAAAUGCACCUCCUUUUGUAAUUGUACCAACUACCAACUUGUACCGCAAGUUUGCCAGUCGCACCAUUCCGACAGAGCCUCAGAGCGUUGUAGUGGUGGAGAUUGGAUGCUGUAAUGGAUAUUGCACCCAAAAGAUUGUAAACAGUGUGCAUUCUCCGGCGGACCAAGUAUUGGGAAUGGAUGUGGGUCCACAAUUCAUUCGCGAAUGCCAAGACAAGUUCCCUGGUGUCCAAUUCGAGCUCACCAACGUGCUCAUGGACUGGAAUCGAGUGCAAAUGUUGAUUGAAGAGAAGCUGAAGCAGCUGAAGCAACAAAAAGAUAAAACUCCAGAGUUGCAUGUCUAUGUGGACAUUGGUGGUAAUCGUGAAAUCGAAACUCUGUUUACCUUGCUGCAAACAGUUCAGACUCAGUUGAAGCCAUCCAGUCUCAUUGUCAAAUCCAAGGCCCUGUUUGCUUUUGGCCAAAAACAUGAUUUAACUACAACCGAAGCUUGGGAAAACUUGCAUUCGGUAGCACAAGCAGCCUUGCUAAAACGAAGGCAAAAAGAAGAAUCAUCAUGUGAAACUCAAGUCGAACACAAAGAUGAAAAGGGAUCGAAUGGAGGAGCACAGCAUGCAACUGGAAAAAAGAAGAAGGUAUAUCAUCCACUGAAAAUGCCACAGCGCUAUAAUGCGAGUGGCGUUGCCAUUUGUCACUUUCACAACUACGAUCGCAAGAAUGGAUGUCUGCUAUUUCGAGAUACAAAUGACCAUGGCAAGACCUGCCCUCUCGAUCAUGAACAUUGUCAUGCUUGUCUCGAAUUGGAACACGUUGCUUGGCAAUGUCCUAAUCAGCAAUGUUAUGGCGGCCAACAUGAAGGCUAUCAACACCAAACUGCCGAGUCCCUUGUCGAUGGUUUCUUUCGAUAA